AUGGCGUCUUCUCGGAUUGGAGCAGGUCCCCCGAAGCUAUCAUUUGCAAAGGUUGCGGCUAUGCGAGCACCCGGCUUACCAACAGCCAAUUCCCAUGCCAAUUCCCAUGCCAGUGAACACAAAAGGCCUCGUCCGACUGAUCAUGAUAAUGUGCAAUCCUCGGGGCCAUCAAACCCAAUGCAAUCUCCAACUUCGCCGAGGAAAAGCAACGGCCUCCAACUAUCAACCAUCAACACGAGCACGCAGUCAGACUAUGUGACGAAUGCCAUCCAGGGGCUGUCACUGGUCCAAGGAGCUGCUACCGCACCCCCCGGGUCGCAAAGUGCGGACAGUGGAGAGUCACUUGAAGAUGACCAAUCGCAACUUUCCAAUUCCUCGAUCAAACAGCAAAGCUUCGACACCAAGAGCAUGGCUUCGGUAACCACAUUUGCAAUGGAUGAAAAGGAGAGCAUUCGUCCCGAUGACAGUGCCAGUGUCAGAGCUGCGGAGGAUGACGACGCUUCGAGUGCACCAAGCCGAGAAAUGAGCUUUAAUCGCGACAACGAACGUACGAAUCAGAGAGCAAUACCUUCGGGGGUUACAAUAGCAGCUCGUCGGUAUCAUACACUUACUUUAACAAACCCGCCGCGAUUUGGAGAUCUCCCAGCCAUCCCCGUGUUGCGAGGAGGGGCCGACGAGCAGAGUCAACCUGAAGGCACAGUUCCACAGCAGACUGGCGUACAGGAACGAUCAUCCUCGCUGCCAGUUGCCCCUGAUGAGAAACUUCUCGAUGCAUUGGCAAGCCCAAAGGAUCGCCUCUCCUUGCUGCAACUGGAAGAAAAAGUUCUUGGUCUUCUCACCAAUCCUGAGAUCGUGUUUUUAGAUUUACCUCCGCAAAAUGCUUUUGCUCGACUAUUGACACACAAGCUUGCGGAUUAUUACUCUCUUGUCCACCAUAUAAAUGAUGACGGAACGUCUGUCAGGGUCUUCAGGACUCCGUCGGCCUCUCGGCCAACACCAUUACACGUCCUUGCCCAAUCGAUCCCUGCUGGACCUUCUCAGCCGCAAUCUGCCAUGGCGGUCAAAAUUAUGCGUCGAGCUGGCUUAGGUCCUCGUCACGGGUCAGCUGGCGGUAGUACACCUGCGAGUUCAUCCGCACCAUCCAAGGCCACCUCGGACGCUGGCGUUGAGACAAACAGUGAAGAGGGCAUCUUGUCGCCUGCUGAAACUCCCAACAAAGAUAAAUCGAAACUGACUCGCGAGGAGCGCGAGGCCCAAUACAAAGCUGCUAGGGAGCGAAUCUUUGGUGAUUUUCAAGAAUCGGUGACGAGCGAAAAUACGUCUACUGGAGACAACUCAGCCAGCAUGUCACGAUCUAGUUCAUCGAGUGGAAAAAGAAAGACACGCAAGCAGAAGACUCCCAAGGAUGACAGCUUCGAGGCCCGAUCCGCAUACAUCCCAAGCUAUGCUCCGAUGCACAUGCAACAGAUGCAGCACCAUUACCAGCCUCAAUAUUCUGAUCAGGUCUUUCCAAAUGCAUACCAAGGCCCUGGGAAUACCUAUGGUGCAAGCAUAAAUUAUGGUACCACGCCGACCCAAUCGUACCCGCAGUUUGAGCCAUCUAUGCCCUAUAACGGCAUGGGUUACGGGCCCACCAACAAUCAGCAAUACAAUGCACCGGACUCUUGGCCACCCGUGCAGUCGACUGCCGCCAACGGGUUCAUGAAUUAUUCUUCGUCCCCAAACUCUAGCUACUCCCAGGGUAUGCCAUCAGCGAUGAUGGGACAAAUGAACAACAAUCCAUACAUGCAACAGUCACAGCAAGCGGGUUGGAUGAAUAACCAGUUCCAGAAUCCCUACUAUCCACCAUCUGGUAAUCCUGGGUCAAACUUGAAUGGCUGGCAGGGUUAUCAGCCCGACCCGGCAACAAGCAAUGCAGCUUCAUAUGCAUACCGUCAAGGUACCGGCCAAAAUUACAGUGCAAAUCCAUCAUUCAGCAUGCAAAAUCCCAUGCAAGGUUACUCUCGAUCUUUGUUCAAUCCACAGACUCGGUCAUUCGUUCCCAACACUGCGACAGGCCGCCCCGGUGGGCGAGGUGGAAGGAAAAAGCCAUCGCCACCAUCCAGUCAAACUCGAGCCAGCAAUAUCACAAGACCGUUUGGCAGUGAUGCUUCCGUCGCUAGUAGCGUAUCUUCGCGGGGAUUUGACAAAGCCGCACCGAAUUUUGUUUCACAAAUGCCAAAGGAAGACUCGUUGCAGCAAAAGUAUGGUGCACCUGCUCAUCUUCCAAAGAAGCCCCCUCCAUCUCAGGUCCCGCCAUCUUUUGACGUUGAGACACUGGCCGGUAAUGGAGGGUCUCUCAACUUGAGCAGUGCAAAUAACGCUCCUCCAGGUGGCUCCCUCACAUAA